UCAGGAGGGCUCGGGAAAGGGGUUCGGAACCGGUCCAGGCUCAAGUUAAAUCUCCCUCUAAAGAGCCGAUCCUGGUUUCUUUGGCGACUCGGUUUUGACUCUAAACAGGUCCCGCUCCACAGUCUGGGCGGGCCUAUGGUGUGUGCUGAGUAGCCUGUAGCGUGAAAACUUCAUGGUUAAAAGGAAAGUACUGGAGCCAAGAAAUAGUUUUCGAGACACUGGUUUGUUAGAGUAGUGGUACGUAGGGUGCCGCCCUAAACGGGGGCUGAGACGCUGCUUUUUCAGCAGCGCCAGUGAGGACGUGGCAAGACUGCCUCGGGCGUACGCUUCCUCUUCCUCAGCCCGUCGGGUUAGGGGCGCGGGAGGCGCAGAGGCUGCUGGGAACGCGCAUGCGCCUAGCGCGGUGGGGAGUCCACCUUUAACGUCCGCGGGCGCGGGGUGUGUCGGGUGUCGACGGCGGCGCUUUGCGGCCGGUCGUGCGGGUCGGGCGCGGGCGGGCGCGGCGGUAGUGGCGCGCACAGGUGAUUGACUGGCCAGCUGCCUGAGGGAGCGCCGGGUUCUCCUCGCUGGCAGGUGGCGGAGCCCAUUGGGGCGGCGGUGCAGACCGCGGCGGCGGCGGCGGCGGCGGUCUGGCUCGGGAGGCGUUCCUGGGGCCAAGGCCAUGGCCCCGCGGCUGCAGCUGGAGAAGGCGGCCUGGCGCUGGGCGGAGACGGUGCGGCCCGAGGAGGUGUCGCAGGAGCACAUCGAGACCGCUUACCGCAUCUGGCUGGAGCCCUGCAUUCGCGGCGUGUGCAGACGAAACUGCAAAGGAAAUCCGAAUUGCUUGGUUGGUAUUGGUGAGCAUAUUUGGUUAGGAGAAAUAGAUGAAAAUAGUUUUCAUAACAUCGAUGAUCCCAACUGUGAGAGGAGAAAAAAGAACUCGUUUGUGGGCCUGACUAACCUCGGAGCCACUUGUUACGUCAACACAUUUCUUCAGGUGUGGUUUCUCAACUUGGAGCUUCGGCAGGCACUCUACUUAUGUCCAAGCACUUGUAGUGACUACGUGUUGGGAGACGGCAUCCAAGAAGAAAAAGAUUAUGAGCCUCAAACAAUUUGUGAGCAUCUCCAGUACUUGUUUGCCUUGUUGCAAAACAGCAAUAGGCGAUACAUUGAUCCAUCGGGAUUUGUUAAAGCCUUGGGCCUAGACACCGGACAACAGCAGGAUGCUCAAGAAUUUUCAAAGCUCUUUAUGUCUCUAUUGGAAGAUACUUUGUCUAAACAAAAGAAUCCAGAUGUGCGGAACAUUGUUCAACAGCAGUUCUGUGGAGAAUAUGCCUAUGUAACUGUUUGCAACCACUGUGGCAGAGAGUCAAAGCUUUUGUCAAAAUUUUACGAACUGGAGUUAAAUAUCCAAGGCCACAAACAGUUAACAGAUUGUAUCUCGGAAUUUUUGAAGGAAGAAAAAUUAGAAGGAGACAAUCGCUAUUUUUGUGAGAACUGUCAAAGCAAACAGAAUGCAACAAGAAAGAUUCGACUUCUUAGCCUUCCUUGCACUCUGAACUUGCAGUUAAUGCGUUUUGUCUUUGACAGGCAAACUGGACAUAAGAAAAAGCUGAAUACCUACAUUGGCUUCUCAGAAAUUUUGGAUAUGGAGCCUUAUGUGGAACAUAAAGGUGGGUCCUAUGUGUAUGAACUCAGUGCAGUCCUCAUACACAGAGGAGUGAGUGCUUAUUCUGGCCACUACAUCGCCCAUGUGAAAGAUCCACAGUCUGGUGAAUGGUAUAAGUUUAAUGAUGAAGACAUAGAAAAGAUGGAGGGAAAGAAAUUGCAACUAGGGAUUGAGGAAGAUCUAGCAGAACCUUCUAAGUCUCAGACACGUAAACCCAAGUGUGGCAAAGGAACUCACUGCUCUCGAAAUGCAUAUAUGUUGGUUUAUAGACUGCAAACUCAAGAAAAGCCCAACACUGCUGUUCAAGUUCCAGCCUUUCUUCAAGAGCUGGUAGAUCGGGAUAAUUCCAAAUUUGAGGAGUGGUGUAUUGAAAUGGCUGAGAUGCGUAAGCAAAGUGUGGAUAAAGGAAAAGCAAAACACGAAGAGGUUAAGGAGCUGUACCAAAGGUUACCUGCUGGAGCUGAGCCCUAUGAGUUUGUCUCUCUGGAAUGGCUGCAAAAGUGGUUGGAUGAAUCAACACCUACCAAACCUAUUGAUAAUCACGCUUGCCUGUGUUCCCAUGACAAGCUUCACCCGGAUAAAAUAUCAAUUAUGAAGAGGAUAUCUGAAUAUGCAGCUGACAUUUUCUAUAGUAGAUAUGGAGGAGGUCCAAGACUAACUGUGAAAGCCCUGUGUAAGGAAUGUGUAGUAGAACGUUGUCGCGUAUUGCGUCUGAAGAACCAACUAAAUGAAGAUUAUAAAACUGUUAAUAAUCUGCUGAAAGCAGCAGUAAAGGGCAAUGAUGGAUUUUGGGUGGGGAAGUCCUCCUUGCGGAGCUGGCGCCAGCUAGCUCUUGAACAGCUAGAUGAGCAAGAUGGUGAUGCAGAACAAAGCAACGGAAAGAUGAAUGGUAGCACCUUAAAUAAAGAUGAAUCAAAGGAAGAAAGAAAAGAAGAGGAGGAAUUAAAUUUUAAUGAAGAUAUUCUGUGUCCACAUGGUGAGUUAUGCAUAUCUGAAAAUGAAAGAAGGCUUGUUUCUAAAGAGGCUUGGAGCAAACUGCAGCAGUACUUUCCAAAGGCUCCUGAGUUUCCAAGUUACAAAGAGUGCUGUUCACAGUGCAAGAUUUUAGAAAGAGAAGGGGAAGAAAAUGAAGCCUUACAUAAGAUGAUUGCAAACGAGCAAAAGACUUCUCUCCCAAAUUUGUUCCAGGAUAAAAACAGACCGUGUCUCAGUAACUGGCCAGAGGAUACGGAUGUCCUCUACAUCGUGUCUCAGUUCUUUGUCGAAGAGUGGCGGAAAUUUGUUAGAAAGCCAACAAGAUGCAGCCCUGUGUCAUCAGUUGGGAACAGCGCUCUUUUGUGUCCCCAUGGGGGCCUCAUGUUUACAUUUGCUUCCAUGACCAAAGAAGAUUCUAAACUUAUAGCUCUCAUAUGGCCCAGUGAGUGGCAAAUGAUACAAAAGCUCUUUGUUGUGGAUCAUGUAAUUAAAAUCAUGAGAAUUGAAGUGGGAGAUGUAAACCCUUCAGAAACACAGUAUAUUUCUGAGCCUAAACUCUGUCCAGAAUGCAGAGAAGGCUUAUUGUGUCAGCAGCAGAGGGACCUGCGUGAAUACACUCAAGCCACCAUCUAUGUCCAUAAAGUUGUGGAUAAUAAAAAGGUGAUGAAGGAUUCGGCUCCAGAGCUGAAUGUGAGUAGUUCUGAAACAGAGGAGGACAAGGAAGAAGCUAAACCAGAUGGAGAAAAAGAUCCAGAUUUUAAUCAAAGCAACGGUGGAACAAAGCGGCAAAAGAUAUCCCAUCAAAAUUAUAUAGCCUAUCAAAAGCAAGUUAUUCGCCGAAGUAUGCGACAUAGAAAAGUUCGUGGUGAGAAAGCACUUCUCGUUUCUGCUAAUCAGACGUUAAAAGAAUUGAAAAUUCAGAUCAUGCAUGCAUUUUCAGUUGCUCCUUUUGACCAGAAUUUGUCAAUUGAUGGAAAGAUUUUAAGUGAUGACUGUGCCACCCUAGGCACCCUUGGCGUCAUUCCUGAAUCUGUCAUUUUAUUAAAGGCUGAUGAACCAAUUGCAGAUUAUGCUGCAAUGGAUGAUGUCAUGCAAGUUUGUAUGCCAGAAGAAGGGUUUAAAGGUACUGGUCUUCUUGGACAUUAAUCUUUGAAUACUUGCUGACUGCUAAGAAAUGACCAGAGGGGAAGAGGAGUUUGACAUGUUAGGGCAUUAAAGCAAAGGUGGAUUUAAGAAUUAAACCAUUACAUGCCCCUUCCAAAAGGCAGAAAUCGAUUCAAACGUGACUGUCCCAAAUGCCUUAUGUCAAAUAAAGCAGAUUGCACUGAUGGACAUCAGACUUGAAGGAAAUGUUUCCAAUUUUAUAUUUAAGGGGGGUGGUGGGUGGGAGGGGGCAAGUAAAGACGGAACAAGUUUAGUAGCAGUAAUAGUAAAUCAUGUUUACAUAUGAGAUUUAUAGUCGUGGGAGGGAAUAAAGUUCUGUUAUAUUUCCUUGCUCGAGUUUCAUACCAGAUGCGUUGGUCCAUAAAGGAUUGUAUCAAGUAGAUGAGACAACAUUCUGCUCUGAACGAAAAGUAAUUUUAGAGACAUAACCUGCUUACCAAUGCCUGUCUUUGAUUCAUAUUCUACUUUCAAUAAAGCAUGAAAGUGAAGAACUUGUCCUAAGUGUGGAAAAGUGUCUUCAGAUUUAGACUCUCCUCCAUGUCAGCUGCAGCGCCACCCGCCUUACACUGCCCGGCCGUCGGUCUCUUGGUGUUGGGUAAAGGAGGGGCACUUGCGUGUCUCCUGCAGUGAGCAAGGAAUUAUGUCUCAUUUUUUGACUUCAGAGGCUUUUUGCUUUGGUGCAUUUCAGAAAGGAUGGGGAACAUUUAUUACGUGUGAAAGCAUCUUUUUCCGGUUUUGCUGUUAUUCAAAAGUGGGAAUUUUACCUGGCACGUUUGAAAAUAAAAAAUCUGCCUACCUAUCAGAAGCGUAAAUCAGACUGAAGUACAUUUGGAUAACACAAGGUUUCUAUAAAACUUGUUCUUCCUGUCCUCCAUGUCACUGUUUCUUGGACCUCAGUUCCCUUUUUGAAAGCAUUCUUCCAAAAUGCCCUGAGAGGAUAUCUUCGAUCCUAUUGUUUAAAAAAGGAAAAGAGUAUAUGGAUGGGGAUGUGCUGUCCAUCCAACUCAGGAUUGUCAUUCUUAGCAACACGUAACCGAAGCAAUAUUCUUAAGAAUAUUGAAGGGUUUUUUUAAUUGAACUUAAGUCUGGAGUUUUUCCUUUAAAAAAAAAAAGUUUUCUCUGUUGAGUACGUAUGUAUAAGUUUGUGGCUGAGAUGCUAGCUUAGGCAUCUCUCUUGUUAACGCUUUUCUUGGCCUUGGGUUUGUGCAAGGCGUUUUCUCCCUUUCAUGAAAAUUUGAACUCAGAUAAUGGAUGGGGAAGGCAGAUUGUGGUUUGAGACCCAAUAACCUUGGCAGCAUCCCUUUUGAAUGGCUCCUUUUGUCAGAGUAAUUAUGGCUGUUUAGUAAAAUUCUAACUUCGUGUUUGUGUUUCCCCUCUGUGUUUCUAAUGUGUUCAGUCUGUGCCCUCUGAGGAGGCAGGGGGUCUCUAAUGAGCCUGUGGGAGAAGGUGAGAGCUGCACAUAGCCCCCCUCAGAAGCCAUCCUAGGAGCGGAACCAAGAGACCAGCUGUUCUGGCCUUGAGGUUGGCACAGGUGAAGGACUUGAACUUGAGCUGAUGGAUCCUGAUUUUUAGAUCUCAUUGUUUUAUUAGCUCCAAAGAAAUGAAUGCAGGAGCCUAAAAGUAUAACACAAACUUCUUCUUUCUCAAGGUAAAGACUUUUAUACAAGUUCACAUAAUGCUUGAUGAAGCGGCUUCCUUUUCCUUACAAAGAAGCUUGUUGGCCAGAGAACGUUCUUUUCGGGGAUUGACAUAAACAUGUUAGUAGCCCCCAGAAAUCUGAUACAUUUUCCCCAAUUUGCUGUUGAUAACAGUUUUGAAAUUUGUUACUUGGGUAUUUUUUCCUCCUGCAGUGCUACAAAAUAACAGCCUUUUGUAAAUCUUUCAGGCUGGUACCUGCUCUGAGUACUGGCUUCUUUAUUACCUCUGCCAAGGGGUGGGGUAGACCCCAAGCGAGUAGCUCAGGGUCGUCUUCCUCCUGCUCUGACAACUUGCCUUGUUCUGCCGGCACUGCUCAAAGUAACUGCAGCCUAGCGGCUCCAGCGACACUAUGAAGCUUUAUUACAAAGGCAGCAGAUCAGGCCCUAGACCCACUGAAUCGGAAUCUGCAUCCACAGGCCACUCCUGUGCUCUUAGAAAUCCUGGACUGGGGCCUCUCCCACCCAUAGUAGGCAGAGUUGCAAAGACACGUAUGCUUGUAUUGAAUGGCUUUGCAUUGCCACCCUUCUCACUUUGUACUUCCCUGUACAGGUAAAGGGUAUAAUCUAAAGCCCGAUUCUCGUUUCUGUAAUUACGAAUAGAUGGAGUCCAUUUGCCUUCUGGACUGUGAAAAGUUCAGAGACUCUUUGUGUUGGGGUUCUAAUGCUGUGCAUGUGUACUUUUUUAUAUUAGAUUAGUCUCCUGUACAAGGUAUAAUGAAGCUUGGGUCUUUUCCCUUUUAUAUUUCUGACCAUUCUUUAAUCUCAAACGGAUGUGUACAACAUACUACACUGGUACAGAUUGUCACCACGAACUGAAAUAGGCUGCAUUUGGGUGUCUUCAUUUCCUGGGGAGUAAGUAUCUUUCUGUGUAUUUAUGAACUCUAUUGUUUAGAAUUACUGUUAACCUUCCGGCCAAAUUAAAAAGAUAUGAGUGUCCUUUUAUUUCUGUGGAA